AUGUCUCGAGUGUACGUUGGGAAUUUGGAUCCGCGAGUAGAUGAGAGAGAUUUGGAGGAUGAAUUUCGCAUCUAUGGCGUGCUCCGAAGCGUGUGGGUUGCUAGAAGACCACCGGGUUAUGCCUUUAUUGAGUUUGAUGAUCGCCGGGAUGCUCUUGAUGCAAUUCGGGAUCUGGAUGGGAAGAAUGGCUGGCGUGUGGAGCUUUCACACAAUUCAAAGGGGGGUGGAGGAAGCCGUGGAGGGCGUAGUCGUGGAGGCGGUGAUGAUAUGAACUGUUAUGAGUGUGGUGAACCUGGUCAUUUUGCUCGCGAGUGUCGCUCGCGCUUUGGUUCAAGAGGUUUAGGAAGUGGACGUCGCAGGAGCCCCAGUCCUCGACGCCGUAGAAGUCCAAGUUAUGGGAGGAGGAGUUAUAGUCCUUAUGGGAGAAGGUCUCCACUUAAACGUAGCCUAUCACCUCGCCGUGGUCACAGUUACAGCAGAUCUCCAGUCUACAGCCGUGGUCGCCGUGUUUCACCAUAUACGAAUGGAGCUCGAUACUGA